GGCAAAUGCCGUUUGUCACAAGUGAAGACGAUCGACUCGCAUGGCUUGAGGUCGACUUCACUGGCUACCUCGAGGACAUCAAGCUGGAAAGCGCGAAGUGUCGAGCAAAGUCCCUCACUAAGGCGACGUAUGAAGCAACCAUCAUGACGACAAGAUCAACGGUUGCUGUUGUGGAGUACCUCCUGAAUGACGUCGGGGCAAGUAUACUAACUUUUUAAGGAAAGAUGAAUUAUUCAACUUUGAUAACUAAUUGGCUCAUUAUGUUUUGUAAAUAAGUUUUUCUAUAUAAUGGUUUAUUACUAUUUUCAGCUUCAAGUACACCUUGACGCGGGCUCUCAACAGUGAUCCAGUUGAGUCGCUAUUCAGCUGCUUCCGCCAAUUCAAUGGCGGCAACGACCGAGUUGACGCCAGAACAGCUGUCUUCACAGCAGAGAAGAUGCUAAAGGUUGGCAUUUUAGAGGCAGCCAGAAGCGGGAAUGCGCCAUCUAAUUCAGAGUGCCAAACGGCAUUGAGAGCUACGAACAGUUUCCAUGGAGCAAAAAGUCCAGCCAUUCCUGACGAGGCUCUUGCUGUGCUGUGGAAAAUUCAGCACGUGAUGAAGUACGAUGAAGUCCCCGUCCUAUUUGACUUCACCGCGCUGGUUCACCUGGCAGGAUAUUUGGCUUUCGUUUGUGAAGAAAAGGUAUCAUGCCCAGCGUGCAAACUGCAGUUGAAAGGAAAAGAUUCACGCGAGGGUGCAUACCAGUUCGUCUUCAGCCUUGACCAAGGAGGGCUCCGCUACCCCCGACCUCAAGUUGUCUGGUUGUGUAAGCUGCAGGACUUGUCCCCCUUGCACACGUCUCGCGCUGCCAAAAACCGCCUGGAAGAACUCUGCGUCAUGGUUGCUGACUGGCCGCCACUGGGAGCGGAUAUGAAUAUUAUUGAAAACGUGUGGGGUCUAAUGAAGAGUAACCUUUCAAGAAAGGGCCUUCACAACGCGGGCUGCGACGAACUAUGGCGCAAUGUUCAAGCCGAAUGGGACCUCUUGAAAAUGGACCGCGACCUCAUACCAGCGCUGUACGACUCUCUUCCACGACGCAUGGCAGCGGUUGUUCAGGCUGGUGGAGCCUUUAGCAGCUACUGA